CCUCCGUCGGCUCCGCGCCCUCGGGCCGGGGCGAGGCGGGCGGAGAUGGAGGAGCCGCUGUGCUGCUGCGAGUACGUGGACCGGAGGGGUGAGCGGAACCACCUGGCGGCGUGCUGCUGCGACUGCGAGGAGCUCGACGAGGGCUGCGACAGGUGGCUGACCUGCAGAUCCCUGCCCCCGGGAGCGCUGGAGAGAAUCGCCGACACCGUAGCGGAUCGGUGCCGCGUCCCUUGGUUUGCCGGGGCCGUGAAGAUUAACGUCAGCCUUGUGCCGCCCAUGGUCCUGCUCCCCGUCUUCCUGCAUAUCGCAGCUCUGCACUUCCUGCUGGGGCUGGUGGUGCUGACAUCGCUUCCCGCCGUGGUGCUGUGGUAUUACUACCUCACGCACAGGAGGAAGGAGCGGACUCUCUUCUUCCUGAGCCUGGGACUGUUCUCCCUGGGCUACAUGUACUAUGUUUUUCUCCAGGAGGUGGUUCCUCGAGGCCACGUGGGGUAUUCCCAAGUGACGCUUCUCACCUGUGGGCUAAUUCUUAUGCUUGCGGCUUUGUCGCGAGCCAAGAAGGACCCUGGCUACCUUCCCAUCUCAGCGGGUGAUGACAGGCCAUCCCAGCAGGCUUUUCCCAACAAGAAUGUUCGAGGGAGCUCCAAUGGGCUCCAUGGAGCUGCUGCCAGUGGCCAUUCUGUGAAUGGGGAGACCAAAGGCUACUCCAGAGUGCUGGCUGAGGAGCGGGAAGGUGGGAAAAUGGACUGGUGUGCCAAGUGCCAGCUGGUCAGGCCGGCCCGAGCAGGGCACUGCCGGCUGUGUGGCAGGUGUGUGAGGAGACUGGAUCAUCACUGUGUCUGGAUUAACAGCUGUGUAGGGGAGCAGAACCAUCAAGCAUUCGUCCUUGCACUGUUCUUCUUCAUGCUCACCUCUCUGUAUGGGAUUAUGUUGACCCUGGACACCAUCUGCAGGGGACGAACCCCAUUCACAGCAUUGUUCUACUGCCCUGGGGCCUAUUCUGACUACAGCUCUGCUCUGUCGUUCACCUGUGUGUGGUACUGUGCAAUUGUAACAGCUGGCAUGGGAUACAUCCUCCUUAUCCAGCUGUUGAACAUCAGCUACAACGUGACUGAGAGGGAAGCUCGGCUGGCUCUGCGGGACAACGCUGGGCGCAGGCUCCUGGGUGGGUUAGUGAUAGACACUGGCCAAUAUAACAGGGGCUUUCUAUGCAACUGGGGCCAUUUCUUGAGUCUGGGCUCUCCCCACCAGCAGCGCUCUGCUGAAGACAUUGUAUGACACCCUUUUUUGUGCAGAUGACGUUGACUGACUUUCCUUAGCAGGGGAACAGCCCCUUCCACUAGAACUUCCUCCUCUACACCUUUCCUUUGUGGUCGGUGUAUGGGCUGCCCAUCCCAUCGCAGACAUCAGAGGCUUUCCCAAGCAGAAAUGGUUCUUUGUGUGCCAUCAGCCAGCAAUAGGAUGCGGAAAGCAGUAAGCCAUAUGCACAAACCUGGAGAGUGGGAACCCGCUGCCUUUUUGCACUGUGGGAAACUUUGUGCAGCUCGACAGGAAGAAGAGCACAAGGUUAUGAAAACUUGAGUUUUCAUUAGGUAUGAACUCUGGCAUCAGUGGGAACCUGCUGUUGGAUUUCAGACUGUAUGCUGUUUUUUGCAGCGUGAGGAAUCUCUGGCUUGUACCUACAUGCAACGCUUCAGUGUUGUUAGAAGAGCAAACUUUUAAUAUAGAAAACAGAAGGACUGGUGCAGAAGCCAUGCUGUUUAGUUGGGGAGAAAAAAAAAAAAAAGACUGCUCAGGCAGUCACUGAGUGCUCCAUCAUCUCUGGUGCAUUUUUCUUUUUCUUCCAUCCCAUCUAGCUGUAUACAUGCUACUGCUUGUAUUAAGUGCCUUUGUGAGCAACAUUCCUGUAGGGUAUUGUAAGAUCCUCUUGUCACUUGACCUGUCUCUCUGACUGGGUGAGAAGAGUGUCAUCUUUGAUCUCAUCAUUCUUUUUUGUAAGCUGAGUUUGUGUUGGUUUGAUGGCUUGUCUCAUCUCCCUCAAAAUAUUUCUGCUCUGAUUAUGGAUGCUGACAUGAGACAGCAGGUGUAAAUAGACGGAGUAAGAAGGAAAAUGUUUUGAAGAAACACGAUGGUUGAUUGUGAGGGGAGAACAGACUGCUGCCUGAUGCUGUUGUUUUACAGGAACUGCCCUACUCCCUCCCUCUCAAGGAGGAGAGAGUCUGUGGGAGAAUUGACUUUGUUGCUAACAGUUUUUGUAAGCAACAUUUUGAUUAGUUGUGUUGCUAAUAAGAAUGAUGUGGUCUUUUCUGAACCCAGUCACCGGGGAGUUGCUCUGGUGCCUGACUGUGGUUUUCUCAAGCCAGGAAGCUGAGGAAUUUUGGUGUCUGCAUAUGUAAAGAGUUGGAGAGGAUGCUUUGGAGCUGGCAGCUUUUGGGGUAGAUGACCCACAGGUGCACGUAGAUGAAAGCAUUAACUCUGUUCUGCAAGAAGGCUGCAUGUCUUUCAGCAGCCUGCAACUGUAUUAUUGCCUAGACUUGAGCUUCAGCUGAAAUCACAAGGUUUUAGUGGUGAUGGCUUCUACCCUUUUGGGUUGUUUUUCAUCUUAAAUCCUUUCUGUGUGUUGACCCUGCAGAAACGUCUGGCUGGAAAAGUCUGGGGCUGUGGCAUGAGAGUUAUGGCUUAAGCCUAAGAUGCAGAAGCAGUGGUAAGAGCCUCAUCUUAGUUAAUGAUGCCUUCAGAUACGUGUGCAAUUUUCACAGAUCAAACUUGCCCUGCUUCCGCUUGUGUGGUAAGCAGUUAAGGGGUGUUGCUUGUGUGAUGCAAAUUCAGUGUGCACUGUUGUGCAUAUUCCCUAAAGAAGAGAUGGUACAUGGUGCUAAGGGACAGCAGAACUGGGACUGCCCCUUGAGAUCCCUGCCAUAUUUGGUGUGUAUGCUCCUGAGUGUGUGUCCCAGUUUAAGGUAAAGGGCAUGCACUUCUUUGCACUGUUUGUUUUCCUUAAGUGGCACCUACAACUUCUAUAACCAGCAGAUAACCAAGGAGCAGCUGUGCUUGGAAUGUGGCUGUUCACAAACAGCUACUGAUUUACUGAGCAUCCUUUGUUUCUUCUUACCCCUUUUCAACUAGUGACCAGCUCUUUACAGGAAGUAAAGGAGGCACCUCUUGUGCUUCCUGCCUCUUGUCUAACACACUUAGAUUUCUGACAACUUCCCUGGCACUAGUGUGAAGUGAAAGGCACUCAACCAGACUCUAUUUCUCUGGCAGCUAAGCAUGAUCUUCUCAUUGUUUGGAGCUGGAGUCUGACCUUAGAAGUUUAGCUUUACGCAAAGAUCUCUCCUCUGUGUGAGUUGUCUGUAAAUGCUUCUGUAGAACAUAUGCCUUUUGCAGUGCCUGCUGAGAUGAGCUGAAGCUUGGCAACCCUGGAGCCAGGGUUAGCAGGCUUGUGAUCUUCCCAAACCUUGUUCUGCUGCCAUGUGGGAAGAUGAAGCCAGAAUGAGCUCCUGGACUAAACCCCUGCUGUGAAGGUAGCCAACCUUUCUGCUCCUCUGAGUUACACACACAGACAUCAAUCAUGCCUGUGAACUGAACAAGCUCUGGGAGUGCUCACAGAUUUGAGAUAAGUGGUUUUUCAGAGUUCUGCUCUGGAAGAAAGCAGAGCUGGGCAGGUGACAGAUUCAUUCCCCUGGCAAUCACCUGACCCUGUUGUACUUAUUCUCUCCCAUGGGUGGGUUUUCAUUAUUUGCAGCUGCACAUCAGUGUAGCCUUGUCCCUUGCUUUUUAAUGAACUCUGGUGUGGGAAAAUUUAAACUACUUAUACCAAGGCUUUCUCAGUGGAAUUGUCAGUGUGAGCUUGAGUGCAAAUUAGGUAUCAAGGACCUUGGGUUAUUGUAACCCUGCCAAGCUUGAUCAAGUCCACUCCAAUAUAUAGGGUAAAGUGCUUAAACUAAGUUCUAUUUUGGCAUCCUAUCCAGAGAGAGUCAGAAUCAUUCAGGACAAUGAAAUGCUUGCAAGACCGGGUUUUUGUAUGAGGGGAGUGCAGUGCUGACUUCCCAGUGAGCAGGAAGCUCACUUCACUGUAGUCUGCAUAGCAGUGGUGGCUUUUCCUUUAAGGACAUGGCUAUUGUUUAUCCUCCUGGCUUCUUGCUGAGAGAAUUUACCUUGUGCAUACCUUUGGAGAUGGUGGAGAUCUGAAAGGGUGGAAGUGUUGAAAGCUUCAGAUGUAUGCACUGGAGCUCUCCUUUUAACAGCCUUCAGAAUUAAGACCUUAAAGGGCAACGUUUCCUGUUUCACUUAUAAUGUAGACAGACUGCUGUGAUAUCUUGUGCAUGAAAGGGCAGUUUUUGUUUUAAAUUUUAUUGCUGUGCUGGGAAGAAAAUGCUAAAAACUAGAGCAGCCUGGUAGGGCUGGAGAGUCAGUCCAUAAAACCAGUAAACAGCAUGCAUCAGUGUGACAAUAAGAAAACAGUACGCUGCUGGUUGUUUCAGAGUUUUCUGUGUGAGAGUACCCAGGGACAAUAAGAAGCAGGGAAGUAUUUGAAUGGUAUCUAGCCUUGAUGUUUCUUCACCCAAACUUAGAAAUGGGUGGAUCUUGCUUUAACCAUGACCUUUUGUUGUUUCAUGACUGGUUUGGUUUUAUAGAAGGGCCAGGGUUCUAAUGUUGCUGCUGUCCCAGUGUUAAGCCCCCUAUGUACAAAUACUAGCACCCUGUUGUUUGGCGACUGUACUAAGAGCUGUACAUCAUUAGAUACACUGUGUAAAUGGUGGCUUGGCACUCUUAACUUUGUCAUGUUAAACUGAGCUGCUCAUUGUAGCCUAGUCAUAGGUCCCUACGUACAUUGUUUCUCCGUUUAACUUGUCUUCAGAUGACAAGAGUCACUGGUGAGCCCAAGUUGGUGCUGCUUGUGAUUUCUUCUCAUAUUUAACCUUCAUGCUAUGAUGGUGCUUUUCUGAAGUAGGUUGCUUUAAAGUGUCUUAAUGGAAACCAUUUGCUAUAAAAGUUCUUCUAGAGUUAAAAUGGAUACUGCCUCAUUGCCUAAAGUCUUAAUAAUGUGCUUGACAUUUUCCUUCUAUAUGAAUGUAUAUUGCCUCGUUAGGGCAGAAAGCGUGUGUGAUUAUGGAUGUUUUCCUAUAUUGCUUUCAAUGAAGAACUCUUGUUUUAUUAAGAUUUUCUUCUUUUAGAGUGUUUGUACAACAGAAAUCUUUGGACAGGUGAGGUUCUUUCUGAAGCCUCCCAAAAUCUUCAUGCAUUUAAUUACAGUACUAAGAAUGACAUGCUCUGGAAGAACUGUUUGCCUUGGAGAGUGGAGUGUGUCUUGUGAGAUUUUUCUUGUCUCUGUUUUGGUUUUUCUUUCCCCCCUGCCAAAGCUUUAGGAAGAAUUUCCUGAAACAUUUGUGAGCUUUGAUGAAACGACUGGUGUGUGUGUAUGUGUCCACAGUAUACUGUAUCCAGUGAUUUCAAAUAGAUGCAAUGAUAAAUCAAAAUAAACUAUCAGACAUUA